AUGAUGAACGCGAGACAGACGCGCUGGGUUGAGUUCUUGGCGGACUAUCAGGUGAGCAUUAACUACCAUCCGGGCAAGGCUAACCUAGUGGCGGACGCGUUGAGUAGACGGAGGUAUGAUUCCGCAGUUGAGCGAGAUGUGGAGUCUCUAGUUGGCGAGAUCAGUACCUUGCGUUUGUGUGCCAUUUCGCAGGAGCCUUUGGGUUUAGAGGCAGUGGAUCAGGCGGAUCUACUUAGCAGGAUCAGAGUUGCUCAGCAGAGUGAUCAGAGUUUGCUAGAUGCGACGAGAGUGACUGGUUCUGAGUAUGAGGUCUCUGCGAAUGGGACUAUCUUGGUUCGUGGGCGAGUUUGUGUGCCUAAGGAUGUGGAGUUGAGACAUCAGAUUUUGGGAGAGGCUCACGCGAGCAAGUUUUCCAUUCAUCCGGGAGCGACCAAGAUGUACCAUGACCUCAAGAGGUACUAUCAUUGGGUCGGGAUGAAGAGGGAUGUAGCAGACUGGGUUGCGAAGUGCAACACUUGUGCCUUGGUGAAGGCAGAGCAUCAGGUUCCGGGUGGUCUUUUGCAGAGUUUACCCAUUCCAGAGUGGAAGUGGGACAGGAUUACGAUGGAUUUCGUGGUUGGACUACCUGUUUCGAGGACUUUCGAUGCUAUUGGGAAGUUUGUGCGAGAGAUUGUGAGGCUGCAUGGAGUGCCAGCUAGUAUUGUGUCAGACCGUGAUCCCAGAUUCACUUCAGAGUUUUGGAGAGCUUUUCAGGCAGAGAUGGGCACUAAGGUGCAUUUGAGUACAGCUUAUCAUCCGCAGACAGAUGGUCAGUCAGAGAGGACUAUUCAGACUUUGGAGGAUUUGCUGAGGAUGUGUGUGUUGGAUUGGGGUGGCCAUUGGGCAGAUCACCUGAGCUUAGUUGAGUUUGCAUACAACAACAGCUUUCAGGCGAGUAUUGGCAUGGCUCCAUUUGAGGCUUUGUAUGGGAGGCCAUGUAGGACACCCCUAUGCUGGACCCAAGUGGGGGAGCGCAGCAUGUAUGGAGCUACUUAUGUUCAGGAGACGACAGAGAAGGUCCGUGUUGUGAGGCUGAACAUGAAGGAGGCUCAGGACAGGCAGAAGAGUUAUGCAGAUAGACGCAGACGAGAGCUUGAGUUUCAGGUGGGAGAUAGAGUUUAUCUCAAGAUGGCUAUGUUGAGGGGUCCUAACAGAUCCAUAGCAGAGAACAAGCUGAGUCCGCGUUUUAUGGGUCCGUUUCCAGUAGUGGAGCGAGUUGGGCCAUUGGCUUACAGGCUGGAGUUGCCUGAGAUUAUGAAAGCCUUUCACAAGGUUUUUCAUGUGUCGAUGCUGAGGAAGUGUCUUCACCCUACAGAGGAGUUAGUGGCUAGGAUUCCAGAGGAUCUUCAGCCAGAUUUGACAGUGCCGGCAGUGCCUGUGAGGAUUUUAGAGAGGAGGGAAAAGGUUCUGAGGAACAAGAGGAUUCCCUUACUGUUUUGUGGGAUUGCAGUGGUUCUACAGAGGAGACUUGGGAGCCAGAGGCAAAGAUGA